GGAUAAUUCUGAAAUGUCUUGUACAUAUGUACAAAUAACGUGACAAUGUUUGUUCACAAACGAGCAUUUAUCAGUGCAUUCUUUAAAUAUCGUCUUUUAAUUUACAAUAACAUUUACAGCACAUUGUAAUAAUGUAAGCGAAUCACAUCAGGAUAAAAUCGCAAGAAUGUGACAUUUUAAAAUUAUAAAAAGAGAGAUGUACAAAAACGCACUCGUGUUGUAUGUUACAUAUAUGUGAGAAUAUAAAAUUUCCUCAGCGCAUCAAUGUUUUGAAAACGUGUCUCUUUUCUAAGCAUGUAAAAACAAUUUGACGUAUCCAUUCGAACAGUUGUUUUAAUCAACGUGGCAACGCUGCUUGAAAAUAUAGCUCGACUAUAUCAGACACUCUUUUGUUCAGUAUCGUCAACGUGAGAGACUGAGAGUAGAUGUGAAGCGUUUUUGUCAAGUAUCCAAGUUAGAUACUUGUUUUCCUUGAUUUUUAUACGGGAUUAAAAAUCCGUCUCGUCAGUAUUACAUAUUUCUUUUAAUAAGUAUUAAUGAUGAGUAAAGUAAUAUAAAGUGUGAUUAUUAGUGCAGUGGAAUCCGAAUGCAAGAUACAGUGUGUGGGAUGUAGGAUCCUCUUGCAAUCUCAGGGGAAUCCCCAGAGCAAAAAUUUGCAUAACUUGAUUUCAUCAUUUUGUAACAUCUGUAAUUAUACCUUUCUCAGCGUAGAAAAUAAGAAGAAUUUAUGAUAUACAGAGUUAUUUUGACGUAAAUAUUACAAAGUGGAUUGAAAAAUAUGUCUGAACAAACAAAAAUUGAAAAUAUUCAUGAAUUAAAUAUAGCAGAGAAUGGAAAUCAAACACUGGAUAUAUUUAACAAAAAUCACAACUUUGCACCAUUAAGUUAUACAGGAAUAAACAUUGGUAGAUGUUGGUGUACAUGGAAACACAAAUUUUUAAGUUUUCUUCAGAAAGAAGAUGCCAAAGAAUUAUAUAAGAAUCAGUGGACGAUCGUGAUGUUAAUGUUGAUUGGACCAAUUGGAGAAGAAGCAUAUAAGAAUCUUUUCCCAAGUGUUCAUGAAGUAAAAGACUUAGAAACAGUAUUAUGUCAGCUGGAUAUACACUUCAUUUUUGGAAAUAGAAAAAAACAGAAUAACGAAAAUGUCGAUAAGUAUAUUGAUAACUUGAUGUUUGUUGCUAUCGCGAGCAAUCAUAGUGACCUUGUGGGCAUCGUAAAGGAGAAAAUUAUACAGGAUAUUAAAAGUCACAAUUUCACGGGAAAAGCUAUGCUUUUUAUACGAUCCAAAGGAGAGGAUCUUGCACCAUUUUUGCGAUCGUUGGAUCUUCAUCAAAUUACGCUGUUUUGGAAACAGUGCGAGGAAUUUGCGUUGCAAAAAAAUCGCGAGAAUGUACAAGCGCAAUCUUCUAAUUCGCAAUUCACUGAAAUGCAAUGCGUUCGUUGUGGCACUUGCCAUGACAGAAAUUCUUGUCCAGCUCAUGGAGCACAAUGUGACAAGUGUAAAGGGUACAAUCAUUUUACGGAUAACUGUAAGAUAAAAUACGUAUUCGACUGUAGUAAGUGUGGAACGCAUCACGUUCAAUCACGUUGUCUUGCUUUUGGUGAAUUGUGCAGAAAUUGUGGCAAGGUGAACCAUUUCUCAUGGUUAUGUAAAGUUCCUAUUGUAAAAAAUUGCCUCAGAUGUGGUGGAGAUCAUGCUAUGUCUAUGUGUCCAGCUCAAGGUCGUGUAUGUUCUCGAUGUAAGAACCAAUCACAUGGAGGAAAAUGUUUGAGCAGACUGCAAAAUAAAUAG